AGCCGAGAAAAAAGGGGAUGCAUUUCAUUUUCUUGUGUGUGUGUCUUUCUCUCACCUCUAUAUAUCAUACCGUAUCACUCAGAUAUGCUUCACUUGUAACACUUCUACAAUUGUAGCCAAAAAGACCAUUUCUUUGUGCUCUUAUGGUGAUGAUAAUGAUGAUGAUCAUCAUCAUGUGAUAUAUCUCUCAUUACCUUCUUCUUAUUCGUUCUGUAAUAAAAUGGGUAGAUCACCGUGCUGCGACAAAUUGGGUUUGAAGAAAGGACCAUGGACACAAGAAGAAGACCAGAAACUUUUGGCUUAUAUUGAAGAACAUGGAUAUGGAAGCUGGCGUUCAUUGCCUGAGAAAGCUGGUCUUCACCGAUGCGGCAAAAGCUGCAGACUAAGAUGGACUAACUACCUAAGACCUGACAUCAAAAGAGGCAAAUUCAACUUGCAAGAAGAACAAACCAUUAUUCAACUCCAUGCUCUCUUAGGAAACAGGUGGUCGGCGAUAGCGACUCAUUUGCCAAAGAGAACAGACAACGAGAUCAAGAACUACUGGAACACUCACUUGAAGAAACGGUUGGUUAAAAUGGGGAUUGAUCCAGUCACUCAUAAACCCAAAAACGAGACUCCUCUGUCUUCUCUUGGUUUAACCAAGAACGCAGCCAUACUUAGCCACAUGGCUCAGUGGGAAAAUGCUAGGCUUGAAGCUGAAGCAAGGCUAGCUAGAGAAUCAAAGAUUCUUCAUUACCAAACCAAACCAUCAUCCCAUCAUCAUCAUGGUUUCACUCAUAAGACAUUGUUAACCACUUGGACAAGUAAAACAAACCAAGGUUACGCAGAUCGUCAACAGCAACAACUUGAGUCUCCGACAUCUACAGUGUCGUUUUCUGAGAUGAAGGAGCCGUCGUCGGCGAAGAUAGAGUUGGUUGGUUCAUCCACGUGUCUAAACUUGAUCAAAGAACCUGAAAACGAUUGGUUCAACUCAACGGUUCACGAGUUUGAAGCCACGGAGAUGGCGGGAGGAGUGGACGAAGGGUUCACCGGUCUAAUGCUCGCCGGAGAUUCACUAGGCCGGAGCUUCUCCGCCGAGAAAAACGAAACGGUGAAAGAGAGGAGUGGUGGUGGUGACUGCAGCAACUACUACGAGGACAACAAGAACUACUUGGACAGCAUUUUCAGUCUCGUUGAUCCUUCAACGCCAAUGAUGUUCUGAAUAAACGGAUGAUUUUCACUUUUUUUUUAAACAAAAGUUCAAUGCUUCUGCCGGGAGUCGAACCCGGGUCUAUUGCUUGGAAGGCAAUUAUCCUAACCGUUGGACUACAGACGCUUCGUUGUUUUGAUUCUUUAGUUGUUUUUGAAUUACAACUCGUUGACCAAUCGUGUCACCUUUCAUAUAAAUGUGCAACACUAAAUACGCCAAA